AUGGCAAAAAAAAAAACUGUAACCAAUAAUCAACUUAUAAACAACAAGUUCUUUGGAAUAUUGAUCACUGCUGGUGCUUUCACGGGUUUAUCAUUAUCUUCCGAUCCAUCGAAUCAAGCUCAAUAUGCAGUUUAUGGUAUUUCAUAUGCUUUCUUGGCUUUAACUGGUAUUAUUGGAUUGACCGCGUUGAGAAAAGAAAAUGCAAUCCUUAUGCGUCGUUUAUCAAUUUCCUUUUGGAUAUUAACAGCUCUUUUGCUUAUAUUUAAUGUCACAAGCUAUAUUGUUAGAAUUAUAUCUAAACCUGAAUCUGUUCAAAGCUGCCAAACUAACCUGAAUCAAUUAUAUAGUGAAGAUAAGCAAAAAGAAUUGGAUCUAAAUUGUGACAGGAUCGUAAAUUACUCUUUGAUUAGAUAUGCUUUUCAACUUUUGUUCGUCGAAGCAAUAUCGAUAUAUUUUGCUUAUGCCGUUGCUUGUUACUCGAGAAAAUUAUUAACAAAACUUAAAUUUAAUAAUCAAGGCAACACUAACGAUGUACUCACAUAUAAAAUUCAGACUACAAAUCCUCCUCCCACAUCUGAUAGCUGGGUACCACCAAAUUUUGCUGGAAUACGGGGAUUGUUAUCACACACUUUUAUCAAUAAUGGUUCUCCAAAAAAAAAAGAAAAAUUGCUUAGAGAACGAGACUUUGGAACCAGUGUUGAUGGUUCUAAAACUGUAAAUCCCGUUUAUCAUGCACUAUUUUCUGAGGUUAUUGACAGUGCAAUUGCACUUAAAAUGCUUUUUGGACCUGGGGAGUUGCUGUCACUUCUCUUGAUGUUAUCUUCAAAAAUACUGGAAAGCCUGGUGAUGUUACUUGUUGCCAUAGUUGGAAUUCGUUUUGUUCUGGAACUAAGAUAUUCAGAACCUAAUCCGGCUGAUGUUCUAAAAGGAUAUUUACCUAGUUCAGGAAUCUUCACAGACUCUAGAAAAUUGUACAUUGCAAUUGGUAAUAUUGGUGCAACAGUUAUGCCUCUCAAUUUAUAUUUGCAUCCACACUUGGUCAAAGUUAGAAAACAUCGUGAAGAGUCAAAAGAAAUUAAUAACAAAGACAAUAAAUUGGAAUCAGGUCAAGAUAUAGCAUCAACAACAUCAAUAUUCCAAUCUAUCGUUACACUAUUGAUUGCUGGUCAAAGUUCAACACUUACAGCAACAAUUGCAGGCCAAAUUGUUAUGGAAGGGUUUUUAGGUUGGACAAUAAGACCAUGGUUAAGGAGACUUCUCACAAGAAUAGUUGCUAUAGUACCUGCCAUGCUAAUUGCCAUUUUUAGAGGUGAACAAGGAUUGAACGAAAUGCUGGUAGCAAGUCAAGUGGCUUUAAGUAUUCAAUUACCUUUUGCUGUUAUACCUUUAGUCUAUUUUACUAGCAGCAGGAAAUGUAUGGAAAUUGAUAUCAGAAAAAUUGAUGAUGAUUUGUUUUUGGUUUAUAGUACUAUUAGAAGUGCAAUUGAAGGGGGUGAUUAA